AGUAAAAAGAGGGGAGGGAGUAAGAGAGGGGAGGAAAAGAAAAUGUAAGUGAAUAGAGUUAUGGCAAAACGAGUGCGAGACAGAAAUAGGGAGAGAGAGUGUGAGGGUAAGAGAGGGAGAGAGAGUGUGAGGGUAAGAGAGAGAGAGAGAGAGAGAGAGAGAGAGAGAGAGUGUGAGGGUGAGAGAGGGAGAGAGAGUGUGAGGGUAAGAGAGGGAGAGAGAGUGUGAGGGUAAGAGAGAGAGAGAGUGUGAGGGUAAGAGAGGGAGAGAGAGUGUGAAUAAGCCUGGUGUUUGAUCUCUGCUUUACUGUGGGCACGUGGCUGCGUACACUCUACGUCUCUCUCAUCUCUCUCUAACUCACCCUUUCUCUCUCACUCACUCUGAGUGUGUUUGUUUUUAUGUGGUAAGCUCUCUGUAGUAUUGUGAUUCAUAUGUUCUCCUACAGUUACGUGCGAUUCUAUAGGAUCUCUGCUUGGAUUCGCUCCUUCACUCUCAUCCCUCUGUGAACAAGAGGACAACAUUUUCUCUCCUCAUUUACACCGGUUAAUUCUGGGAAAUCUGUACAAUUUUGAAGUACUAGAUCCAUUCAACCAAGGAGGAGAGGAGCUGCCAAUGUGGGGCUCAGGCAGCAUGAACCGUCCGGGGGCGGUCCCUGCCUUCCUCAGGACCCCCACGGUGAUCCCGCCCCCGCUGGACAUGAAGCAGUACCUGCAGUUCCCCAUGGACACAGCUCUACCACAACACAGCAUGGGCCUGUUCCACAACUUCAACACCAACAGUUACUCAACAAUGGACCCGGUACAGAAGGCAGUGAUGAACCACACCUUCGGCCCCCCCAUGAUGAAGACCAAACGACCCAUCAUCUCCUGCAACGUCUGCCAGAUCCGCUUCAACUCAGAGAGCCAGGCAGAGGCCCACUAUAAGGGGAACCGGCACGCUCGGAGGGUAAAGGGCAUCGAGACCUCCAAGACUCGCCCCAAGGAGGGUGACAAGCCGGCCGCUCCCCCCACUGCUUCCCCCACUCCAUCAGGCCCCUCACCAUCCAGCCCAGACCCUGACACUAGCAAACAGGGUACCAAACACAAAACCAUCCUGGAGGCAAGGAGUGGGCUGGGCCCCAUCAAGGCGUACCCUCGGCUGGGCCCUAACCCCAGCCCCGAGCAGGCAGGGGGGCUGCCCUCAGACCCCAACACUCAGGAACGCACCUUCCACUGUGAGAUCUGCAACGUGAGGGUGAAUUCUGAGCUGCAGCUCAAACAGCAUAUAUCCAGUCGAAGGCAUCGGGAUGGAGUCGCUGGGAAGCCAAAUCCCCUCCUCAGCCGGCACAAGAAGCGCACAGACUUUGUGUCUUCUUUGACCUUCUCUAAGGACCUUCCAAAAACUCUGGGCCAUGGACUGUUUCCCAACCCCCUGGCUGUUGCUGCGGCGAUGGCAGCCGCUGCCUCCUCAAAUCAGCUGGCUCAGCUGCGUGCCCCUCGUCCUAUUUCUCACCCUCAGAACUACCACCCCCACCACCACCUCCUACAGAGCACACUACAGGGCACGCACCUCAGCCUCCUACGGCCCGCCCCUGGGCCUAUGCGCACCACCCAUGGGCCAAUCCUCUUCUCCCCUUAUUGAGGGUGGUGGGACGGGAGCCAAUCAGGAAGAAGCACACUGUGAAGUAAACAGGGAAAACCAUUGAUAGAUAAUCAACAGAUGUUAAAACUGAAACAUUUGACGGAGGAAAGACUAUGCCUGUCCCUCUCCACCUUUCUUCAUUCAACAACUUCCAAAGCAAAGGAUUGACGGCUUGCAGUCGUUUUAAAGAGGAAGGAUGCAUGACAGACUCAGAUGGACUUUCUGUACAUGCUCUCCCUCCUUCAAUCCUCCUCCCACAUUUAGUUGACUCUGAGAUACGUAUAGCAAAAAAAAUGUAUAGGUCAAACUAUACAAACUAUGGCUGACUCAGUAAACUGAGCUCUGUUCUGUUUCCUGUUUCCAGCACAUCUCUGUAGUUUUGGUUCAGUGCUCACCCACCCAAAGCCAUCUGCUAUAUAAGUCCAUAAUAUAAAUAAAAAGCACACUAGGUUAGACACAGUAGCUGCCUCUGCUCUUAGUAAUGUUUCAUCAUUCAUAGUACAGUAGAACCAAUAGUGCAUUACUGCAAACCCCUGUUGGGGUGUUCAAUAACCAAACCCCUGUUGGGGUGUUCAAUAAUCAAAGUGCAGUACCUACCUACCCCACUCUGUAGUUCCAGGUUCUAGAUUAGGUGCCUGCUCUGCAGAUCAAGGCACAAGGUACUGUAUGUUUCCAGGUACUAGAUAUAUGUUCUAGUGUUGUGGAUGAUAGAUGUUAGUCGAUAUAUCCUCUGUUGUCAGAUCAGGUGAGAGAGAGAGAGAGAGAGAGAGAGAGAGAGAGAGAGAGAGAGAGAGAGAGAGAGAGAGAGAGAGAGAGAGAAAGAAAGAAGGCUUCUAAAACCCCACUGUGAUUCAAUGGAGAAAUGUGUAGUGAAUGCAUCAAGAUUGAGGGAAAUGUUUUUAAGAAAUCACAAUAAGAAAUUUGAAUAAUGAAUUAAGUUCAAAUGGACUUAAACCAUUUAACUGUUGUUUUCCUAGCAGACCUCCACUUUCAGUCUUAUUGUCUGUAAGAAGACAGAGGGAAAGUGAAAGUGGGACAUUGUUAUGUGCCUAAAUCAAAUCACAUCCAAUUUUAUUUGUCACAUGCGCUGAAUACAACUUGUGUAGACUUUACCGUGAAAUGCUUGCGUACGAGACCUUCCCAACAAUGCGGAGUUUCAAAAUAAAAUAGUAACAAAAGAAGAAGAAAAAUUCACAAUAAUUAAUACAGUAAGUACCAGAUCAAUAUGCAGAGGUACGAGGUAUUUGAGGUAGAUACAGUGCAUUCAGAAAGCAUUCAGACAGCAUCACUUAUUCCACAUGUUGUUACGUUACAGCCUUAUUCUAAAAUUGAUCAAAUAAAAAAAAUCCUCAUCAAUUUACAUAAAAUACUCCAUUAAUGACAAAGCAAAACAUGUUUUUUUUUUAGAAAUUACAAUUGUAUUACAAAUAAAAAACUGAAAUGCCUUAUUUACAGUUGAAGUCAAAAGUUUACAUACACCUUAGCCAAAUACAUUUAAACUCAGUUUUUCACAAUUCCUGAAAUUUAAUCCUAGUAAAUAUUCCCCGCCUUAGGUCAGUUAGGAUCACUACUUUAUUUUAAGAAUGUGAAAUGUCAGAAUAAUAGUAGAGAGAUUUAUUUAUUUCAACUUUUAUUUCUUUCAUCACAUCCUCAGUGGGUCAGAAGUUUACAUACACUCAAUUAGUAUUUGGUAGCACUGCCUUUAAAUUGUUUAACUUGGGUCAAAAUUUUCAGGUAGCCUUCCACAAGCUUCCCACAAUAAGUUGGCUGAAUUCUGGCCCAUUCCUCCUGACAGAGAUGGUAUGGUGUAACUAAGACAGGUUUGUAGGCCUCCUGGCUCGCACACACUUUUUCAGUUCUGCCCACAAAUGUUUCAUAGGAUGAGGUCAGGGCUUUGUGAUGGCCACUCCAAUACCUUGACUUUGUUGUCCUUAAGCCAUUUUGCCAAAACUUUGGAAGUAUGCUUGGGGUCAUUGUCCAUUUGGAAGACUAAUUUGUGACCAAGCUUUAACUGAUGUCUUGAGAUGUUGCUUCAAUAUAUCCACAUAAUUUUACCCCCUCAUGAUGCCAUCUAUUUUGUGAAGUGCACCAGUCCCUCCUGCAGCAAAGCACCCCCACAACAUAAUGCUGCCACCCCCGUAAUUCACGGUUGGGAUGGUGUUCUUCGGCUUGCAAGCUCCCCCUUUUUCCUCCAAACAUAACAAUGGUCAUUAUGGCCAAAUUGUUCUAUUUUGGUUUCAUCAGACCAGAGGACAUUUCUCCAAAGAGUACGAUCUUUGUCCCCUUGUGCAGCUGCAAACCGUAGUCUGUUAUUUUUAAUGGCGGUUUUGAAGCAGUGGCUUCUUCCUUGCUGAGCGGCCUUUCAGGUUAUGUCAAUAUAGGACUCAUUUUUCAAGCUGUUUAAAGGCACAGUCAACUUAGUUUACAGUCGUGGCCAAAAGUUUUGAGAAUGACACAAACAUUCAUUUCCACAAAGUUUGCUGCUUCAGUGUCUUUAGAUAUUUUUUGUCAGAUGUUACUAUGGAAUACUGAAGUAUAAUUACAAGCAUUUCAUACGUGUCAAAGGCUUUUAUUGACAAUUACAUGAAGUUGAUGCAAAUAGUCAAUAUUUUCAGUGUUGACCCUUCUUUUUCAAGACCUCUGCAAUCAGCACUGGCAUGCUGUCAAUGAACUUCUAGGCCAUAUCCUGGCUGAUGGCAGCCCAUUCUUGCAUAAUCAAUGCUUUGAGUUUGUCAGAAUUGGUGGGUUUUUGUUUGUCAACCCGCCUCUUGAAGAUUGACCACAAGUUCUCAAUGGGAUUAAGGUCUGGGGAGUUUCCUGGUCAUGGACCCAAAAUAUCAAUGUUUUGUUCCACGAGCCACUUAGUUAUAACUUUUGACCUUAUGGCAAGGUGCUCCAUCAUGCUGGAAAAGGCAUUGUUCGUCACCAAACUGUUACUGGAUGGUUGGGAGAAGUUGCUCUCAGAGGAUGUGUUGGUACCAUUCUUUAUUCAUGACUGUGUUCUUAGGCAAAAUUGUGAGUGAGCCCACUCCCUUGGCUGAGAAGCAAUCCCACACAUGAAUGGUCUCAGGAUGCUUUACUGUUGGCAUGACACAGGACUGAUGGUAGCGCUCACCUUGUCUUCUCCAGACAAGCUUUUUUCCGGAUGCCCCAAACAAUCGGAAAGGGGAUUCAUCAGAGAAAAUAACUUUACCCCAGUCCUCGGCAGUCCAAUCCCUGUACCUUUUGCAGAAUAUCAGUCUGUCCCUGAUGUUUUUCCUGGAGAGAAGUGGCUUUUUUGUUGCCCUUCUUGACACCAGGCCAUCCUCCAAAAUUAUUCGCCUCACUGUGCUGUGCGUGCAGAUGCACUCACACCUGCUUGCUGCCAUUCCUGAGCAAGCUCUGUACUGGUGGUGCCCCGAUCCCGCAGCUGAAUCAACUUUAGGAGACGGUCCUGGCACUUGGUGGACUUUCUUGGGCACCCUGAAGCCUUCUUCACAACAAUUGAAUCGCUCUCCUUGAAGUUCUUGAUGAUCCAAUAAAUGGUUGAUUUAGGUGCAAUCUUACUGGCAGCAAUAUCCUUGCCUGUGAAGCCCUUCUUGUGCAAAGCAAUGAUGACGGCACGUGUUUUCUUGCAGGUAACCAUGGUUGACAGAGGAAGAACAAUGAUUCAUAGCACCACCCUCCUUUUGAAGCUUCCAGUCUGUUAUUCAAACUCAAUCAGCAUGAUAGAGUGAUCUCCAGCCUUGUCCUCGUCACCACUCACACCUGUGUUAACGAGAUAAUCACUGACAUGUUGUCAGCUGGUCCUUUUGUGGCAGGGCUGAAAUGCAGUGGAAAUGCUUUUGGGGGAUGCAGUUCAUUUGCAUGGCAAAGAGGGACUUUGCAAUUCAUCUGAUCACUAUUCCUAACAUUCUGGAGUAUAUGCAAAUUGCCAUCAUACAAGCUGAGGCAGCAGACUUUGUGAAAAUUAAUAUUCUUGUCAUUCUCAAAGAUUUUGGUCAUGACUGUAUGUGCUGUACUUCUGACCCACUGGAUUUAUGAUACAGUGAAUGAUAAGUGAAAUAAUCUGUCUGUAAACAAUUGUUGGAAAAAUGACUUAUGUCAUGCACAAAGUAGAUGUCCUACAAAUUAUAAUUUGUUUACAAGAAAUUUGUGGAGUGGUUUCAAAAAACUUCAGACUUCACCUGUACAUACGCAUUCAGACCCUAUGCUAUGAGGCUCGGAAUUGAGCUCAGGUGCAUCUUGUUUCCAUUGAUCAUCCUUGAGAUGUUUCUACAAGGUGAUUUGAGUCCAGCUGUGGUAAAUGCAAUUGAUUGGAUAUGAUUUGGAAAGGCACACACCUGUCUAUAUAAGGUCCUACAGUUGACAGUGCAUGUCAGAGCAAAAAUCAAGCCACGAGAUCGAAGGAAUUGUCCGUAGAGCACCGAGACAGGAUUAUGUCAAGGCACCUAUCCGGGGAAGGGUAACAAAACAUUUACGUAGCAUUGAAGGUCUCCAACAACACAGUGGCUUCCAUCAUUCUUAAAUGGAAAAAGUUUGGAACCACCAAGACUCUUCCUAGAGCUGGCCGCCCCAGGCGCAUGCACGCUGGCACGGUCGCCAUAAGGUGUAAGGUGUUUCCUCCGACACAUUGGUGUGGCUGGCUUCCAGGUUAAGCGGGCAUUGUGUCAAGAGGCAGUGCGGCUUGGUUGGGUCGUGUUUCGGAGGACGCAUGGCUCUCGACCUUCGCCUCUCCCGUAUCCGUACGGGAGUUGCAGAGAUGAGACAAGACUGUAACUACCAAUUGGAUACCAUGAAAUUGGGGAGAAAAAAAAGGGGUAAAAGUAAUAAAAAAAAAAUAUAUAUAUAUAUAUAUAUAUAUUAAAAAUAUUUUAAAAAGAACUGGCCGCCAGGCCAAACUGAGCAACCUGGCGGAAAAGGUCCUUGGUCAAGGAGGUAACCAAGAUCCCGAUGGUCACUCUGACAGAGAUCCAGAGUUCCUCUAUGGAGAUGGGAGAACCUUCCUGAAGGACAACCAUCCCUGCAGCACUCCACCAAUCAGGCCUUCAUGGUAGAGUCAUCAAAUGGAAGCCACUCCUCAGUAAAAGGCACAUGACAGCCUGCUUGGAGUUUGCCAAGAGCGUCUGCUAAAUUACUUAAAUGUAAAUGUAAAUGUAAAAGGAACCUAAAGGACUCUCAGACCAUGAGAAACAAGAUUCUCUGGUCUGAUGAAUCCAACUCUUUGGCCUGAAUACCAAGCAUCACGUCUGGAAAAAACCUAGGGUGAAGCAUGGUGGUGGCAGCAUCAUGCUGUGAGGAUGUUUUUCAGCAGCAGGGACUGGGAGAAUAGUCAGGAUUGAGGGAAAGACAAAUGGAGAAAAGUACAGAGAGAUCCUUGAUGAAAACCUUCUCCAGAGCACCCAGGACCUCAAACUAGUGCAAAGGUUCACCUUUGAACAGGACAAUGACCCUAAGCACACAGCCAAGACAGUGCAGGAGUGGCUUCGGGACAAGUCUCUGAAUGUCCUUGAAUGGCCCAGCCAGAGCCUGGAAUUGAACCCGAUCAAACAUCUCUGGAGAGACCUGAAAAUAGCUGUGCAGCAAUGCUCCCCAUUCAACCUGACAGAGCUUGAGAGGAUCUGCAGAGAAGAAUGGGAGAAACCCCCCAAAUACAGGUGUGCCAAGCUUGUAGCGACAUACCCAAGACUCAAGGCUGUAAUCGCUGCCAAAGGUGUUGAAUAAAAGGUCUGAAUACUUAUGUAAAUGUGAUAUUUCCUGGGGGGGGGUUAAAAGCCUGUUUUUGAUUUGACAUUAUUGGGUAUUGUGUGCAGAAACAAAAACGAUUUAAUCCGUUUUGAGAAUAAGCCUGUAACCUAACAAACUGUGGGAAAAGCCAAGGGGUCUGAAUACUUUCCGAAUGCACUGUAUGUACAUGAAGGCAGGCUAGAUAAUAGUAAGAGUAAAAUAAAGAACAGAGUAUCAGCAGAAAAUUAUGAGUGUAAAACUUUGUGAGUGUGCGUGUGUAUGUGUGUUUGUGCUGUGUGUAUGUAGUGUAUGCGAAUGUAUGUGAGUCCCUCUUAAGAGACUGGCCAAUUUGGAACUGUUACAAGGAGUCAAUUGGUUCGUUUGAGCAUUCCUCCAGUUUCUGCCCUUACCUUAUUCAUUUGUAUGGCUGUUGUCUAAUUAUUGUGUCUGUGUGUGUCUUUCUGUGAUUGUGCGUGUGUAUAUUCUGGAUAUAGAUAGAGACCGAUCAAGGGCAUUAUGCCUCAAUGGUGACCACUUUCAUUCAAACUGGAAGCGACUUAACAAGACUGCUAAUUUCUGAACCUUUACCGGAAACUUUAGGAUGACUGCACAGUCCCAACACAGUGUGGUAUGUGUGUCUUAAAUGCAUUGUUUCUAUACUGUGAACAACAGGGGAAGCCUUAGAGAUAUCUGAUGGCAGCAGGCUCUUCCACUGAGAACACAAUGGAAGUGGGAUUUCCCUUCCCGGGAUGCUUCCUGACCUCCAAUAUUCUGUCAGCUGAGUGUGGCGUGAGUGAGAGAGAGAGAGAGAGAGAGACACUAAUGGAAGAUGUUUUGAAGUUAAAAAUGAUGUCAAAGGGGUUACAGUUAACAGAGGGGAAAUGAAUAAGGACCAUGAACCCGUGUCUGUUUUUCUCUCAUAUGCUUAUCACAAGCAGCGAUGUGAUGUAUAGUAGUAUAAUAUGCAAUAUUAGCUCCAGAGUAUUGCAAUUAAUGAUAUAUUUUCACUUUAAGAGGAGACUGUUGUCCUGCUCUGCCUCAUGUGUCCGUAUUCUGUACCUAACCUCACCCUAACCCAUACGAAUGAGCAGGCUUGGGUUGGAGCCUGGUGUCACUGUAAAGUCACCAAACUGUUUCUCAUACAGUAUAAGAAGGGUAAAGGACUGGGAAAUUGUAGCAAUACUUUCAGCACUCCUGCUAACGACUUGUUUAUUGCAAUAAAUAAAUGAUAUGUGUAUAAAUAUAUUAAAUGUUAUUUAGGAGAACUGUAUUGAAUCAUUACUGUAAAUGUAGACUGUUUUAUCGAUGUGAGCAAAAGAGCUUCCUUAUUGUAAAAAAAAAAAAACGUUGUGUAGAUUAAUAAAUUAUUACAAAAUGACUGGGGUGGUGAUGCUGUACAGUAUGUUCAUAGAAAUGCUAUUGUAUACUGAUUGUUAAGUUAUUAUGUCUGACCAGGGCAGAGUGAGCUUUGACUCCAAAUGAAUUUGAACAAAAAAUAGAUAUAUAGUAGCAAACUGACACAGAGAUUCUGUGCUGUGAAAACUCGGAACAGACCAUAAUUGAGUAACAGAUGCGUCACGGAACAGAAAACACACUGCUAUGCAGCACGUAUGAUGUCACUGGGGUUUACCAAUGAUAAGAUUAGAGGAAGCUCAAGAGUUUAAAGAGAGAAGGAACCAGUUGAGUGACAGACAAACUAUGAAAAGACUGCGUGACAGAGAAACAGAACAACCACGACACAUAGAAGAACCAAAGAACAAGAUCAUGCACAGAGAGACAAAGACUCCAUGACAAACUUCAGAACUGAGGAUGCUGAAGAACAUCACAGGUGACAUGGGGAAUGGCUCCUUCUCCUGCCACCACUUCUCGUUUGAGGCCUUCCGCUGCUUUGGCGUGCUGUGGAAUUCGGCUGUGACCAUAGUUGGGACGGUGGGGAACGUGAUGACCAUUCUGUCCAGCUGCGGACUCGUUUCAACUCGCUGAUCGUGAACCUGGGCCUGGCAGACCAACUGUACUGCACCCUGCUCCAGCCUGCCUGUGUUGACUCCUACCUACACCUCCGCUGGAGGGGCGGCGUCUUCGGCCACCUCCUAUUCCUCUCCAACUCCGUCUCCAUCAUCACACUGUAUCUGAUCAAGGCAAGCCGCUACCUGCUGGUGGCGAGGCGGUAAGUCUUUGAGUGGGUGUUCGCUAGGUGGGGCCUUGCCCUCCUCCUGCCCUCCACCUGGGCCGGGCCAGCCUUGGCCCAUUUACAUGUUUCUUCCCUGCAGGUGUGCACCUGCAGUUUCCACUGCACCAGGGGGCGCCCUUACACCACCGUGCUGCUCUUCUUCUACUUCUUCAUCGGCCUGGGCUGCGUGGUGCUUUUAUUCCUGCUCAUCUACAGGCGGGUCAGGGUGGCAGCAAGGGCACCGGUCAGCUACUGACUCAGCUGACGCUUAUCACGAAAGAAGCCGACCUCAUCAGAACCAGGGAUGGAGGGGGGCAGUGGCGUCGGGAGAGGGGUGGCCACCUUCCAGAGCUGUGAGUUGAACAGCCAGGGGGAACUACCCCAAUACAAGGGUGGAGAGGUGAAGGGGAACCCUGGGAAAGCCCAGUCCUCCCACUCCACCUGGGGGUCUGCUUUAACUUCACAUUCAGCUCACCUAGCAGGGGGACAGGAGCCCCCCCUGCCCUUAGCCCUGCGCUCCACUAUGCUGCUCCUGCCCCUAUCACUGCCCCAUCCUCCUCCACCACCUCUUCAGGGGACAAUGGUGAGUUAUCUUCCAGUGUUUCGUAUGCUGUUUUGUCUGCUAAACAUUGCUGAACCACACCCUUCAAGGUGCUCCACAUGUUCUGUGCCAACCUUGCCUGACUCAGCAGCUGUAAUAACCUUGUGCUCUACACUGUCUUGAACCGCCUGUUUGGACAGACCUACCAGGCCCUACUGGCCAGGGCCACCACACUCCUCCCACACCUCUGGAAUCAUUGACCUUUAUUACAUUUUGGUAGUUUAGGAGGGGCUCUUAUUCAGAGGGAUUAAUGUUGCUUUCAAGAAAACUGGGGAACGCAAUGUCAAAUCAUGACGACAGUAAUCUUCAGGUCCGGAAGUCAGAGCUCUAGAAAGAGGCCCGAGCUCCCGACUUGGAAUUCCGAGUUGGAUGACUGUUAAAAAAUAUUUUUCCCAGUCGUCUUGAACGCACCGAAGUCGGAAGUCUGAGAUUUCUGAGUUCCGAGUUAUUUUGAAAGCGGCAUUAUAAUGCAUUCGACUAAGCUGAGUAAGACAACCAUAACGUAAUUAUCACAGCACUUCAAAUAUGGAAAACACUCUUCUCUCCCCCAUUGGUCUUGAUAGAGCUACUUCCUCCUCUAUAAAUUCCUCUACUCCUUCCUGAAUGUCACAUUUACUAUCAGCUUGCAAGGGCAAAAUCAGCCAUUCUGUGAUUUCUUCUGGAAAGGGUUCAACGAUUUUAGGCUAAGAUUUUGCUCACAAGGCUUCUUUUUUUUCAGUUACAAACACCAACGUACACUUACUGUAAGGCCUUAGUUCUAAUAGAUUAAAUGGCUUUCAAAGCUCAAAGUUCACCUCUAUCGUGUAAUGUAGUCAUACAAUAUGAUCAAAACACAUAAGGUCAUAUAUUUCUUUCAGCAGGAAGCCAGAAGCCACCAACAGGGAGAUACCACUGUAUCAAGACCUGGGGGGGGGGGUGUUAAUUAUGCAAAGAACUACAUCCUCCUCUACAUCUUGUUUAUUUGUGUCAUUGUGUCUUGGUCUGUUUAUAAUAAAACAAAUCUGUACUUUCA